CCAUCCGAGAGGUGGCAAACGUCACUGGUGCCCAGAGAGUCGACUCUCCACUGGCCUCAGCUCUUAACCAUACAAGGGCGCUGAGCUUGGAAUGCUGGCGCUUGCCACGAAUUUCCUACGUUAGCCUUUCAUGCCUCAGCAUUCGGACAAUGAGGCCGACGCUGCACUGAAAUCUUCCCACGAAACCUCCACCUCACGGCCAGAUGGCCAAUCGGCGCAGGAGCGACUGCGGUCCAAAGGAACCUACCGCAUCGACACCACUCGAAGAACAGCCUCUAGGCAACACGUCAAUACACUGUUCUCUCCAAACUCAGAAGGAAGCUCUUUGAGCCCGAACGCCGAAGAUCGAGUCUUUCCGAUCCGCAGUGUCGUGUCCGUUGAACCUACGCCUGGCCCUUCGAGUCGAGAUCGCCAGGACAGCUAUUUCCACGCACUAGAUUCUCGGCGCCAGUCCACAGCGAGCACUUCAACAAUAUCAUCUUCGUCGCGAAAGCCUUCAAGACCAAAGGACGGCGUCAUGCAGCCCCCCGGCCUGGAUGGAGGCGAUACUUCAGGAAGGAGAGGGGCAUCGGACGAAAAGUUCGACAAACGGCUGCCGCAACAGAUCUUCAGCGACAUAGUCUCCAGUAACUCUGUUAGCGAAACUACAGGUUCUGUCCCUUCUACCGGCAUGCAUGGUAGUGAUCGGCCAUCAUCUCCAGCGGCUUCUAGCAUGAAGAGCGCAGCCAGCACCAAUCUGUCAGAAACACCCCUGGUCACAGCCCGUUUCAAACAUAUCGUAUCGGAAGGCGGUCAUGCCAUUGUCACUGGCCGCGAUGGCGACACGUUACAACGAUGUGAAGAUGAACCGAUUCACAUACCUGGUGCCGUGCAAGGGUUUGGUGUGUUAAUUGCCAUGGAGGAAGAGUCGGACGGCAAGUUAAUCAUCCGCAUCGUCAGCGAAAACUCAACGAAACUUCUCGGCUACUCCCCAAAACAUCUCUUCGCCCUCGAGAACUUUUGCGACAUUUUGUCUGAUGAGCAGGCGGACAACCUGUUAGACCAUAUCGAUUUCAUCAGAGAUGAUGAUGCCGACGUGGCUGUCAACGGACCGGAAGUCUUCACCAUGUCGAUACGUGGGCCUGACAAGAAAUCACGGAAGUAUUGGUGUGCUUUGCAUAUCAACGAAAACCACCCCAACCUUGUUAUCUGCGAAUUCGAAUUGGAAGACGAUCCGAUCUACCCAUUAAUCCCGCCGUCUAGCCAGGGUAUGGAUGUUCCCGAAGAUACGCUGCAAAACAAUCCGAGCCCCGAGGAAUACGCCGAGAGCACCCAAAAUGUCAGCCGGCCACUGCGCAUCCUUCGCAGUGCUAGAAAGAGAAAGGGAGAAGCUGCAGCCAUGGAGGUCUUCAACAUCAUGUCACAAGUGCAGGAGCAAUUGGCGGCUGCGCCAAACCUUGAGAAGUUCCUCAAAGUCUUGGUAGGAGUAGUCAAAGAGUUGACGGGGUUUCAUCGCGUCAUGAUUUACCAAUUCGAUACUGCUUGGAACGGCCGUGUAGUGACCGAGCUUGUCGAUCCUAGGGCAACAAAGGACCUUUACAAAGGUCUCAACUUUCCAGCAUCCGACAUUCCCAAACAAGCACGAGACCUGUACAAGCUUAACAGGGUCCGUAUGCUGUACGAUCGAGACCAGAAGACAGCGCGGUUAGUCUGUCGCACGGUUGAAGAUUUGGAGACGCCGCUCGACAUGAGCUACGCGUAUCUGCGUGCCAUGUCGCCUAUCCACCUCAAAUAUCUGGGGAAUAUGGCCGUAAGAUCCUCAAUGUCCAUCUCCAUCAACGCUUUCGACGAGCUGUGGGGCCUAAUCGCUUGUCAUUCGUACGGGCCGCAGGGAAUGCGUGUCUCCUUUCCGAUACGUAAAAUGUGUCGCCUGGUCGGUGAUUCAGCGUCUAGGAAUAUUGAGCGACUUUCAUAUGCCUCGAGGCUUCAUGCCAGGAAGCUCAUCAACACUGCGCCUACGCAACAGAAUCCUUCGGGAUACAUCAUUGCUUCGUCGGAUGACCUGUUGAAGCUAUUUGAUGCUGACUUUGGUCUGUUGUCGAUACAGGACGAGACGAAGAUACUUGGCAAUAUGGAGAGGUCUCAGGAGGCUCUGGCCUUGCUGGAAUACCUCCGCAUGCGCAAGCUCACAUCUGUAACAACCGCUCAGGAUAUCAACAACGACUUUCCCGAUCUGCGCUAUCCGCCAGGGUUCCAAUACAUUGCCGGUGUGCUUGUUGUUCCUCUUACGGUGUCUGGAAAUGAUUUCAUUGCGUUUUUCCGCAAGGGCCAGUUGAAGGAGGUCAAAUGGGCCGGCAAUCCAUACGAAAAAUUCGUCAAGGAGGGCACUGAAGGUUACUUGGAGCCGAGGAAGAGCUUCAAGACUUGGAGUGAGACGGUAGUAGGCAAAUCCCGUGAGUGGACGGAAGAGGAGGUUGAGACUGCGGCUGUUUUAUGCUUGGUCUACGGCAAAUUCAUCGAGGUCUGGCGGCAGAAGGAAGCUGCUCUGCAGAGCAGUCAGUUAACGAGGCUACUUUUGGCGAACUCGGCGCAUGAGGUUCGCACGCCUCUGAAUGCGAUCAUCAACUAUCUAGAAAUUGCUCUCGAAGGCAGCCUGGAUCAGGAGACUCGGGAGAACCUCGCCAAAUCCCACUCGGCUUCGAAGUCCCUAGUCUACGUCAUAAACGAUCUCUUAGACUUGACGAAGACCGAGGAGGGUGGGCCCCUAAUUAAGGGCGAAGUCUUUGACCUCAAAGAUACUUUCAAAGAAGCGACCGACAUGUUCGCUGGCGACGCUAAGCGAAAAAACAUAUCGUACGAUGUUGUCGAGCACCCGGGCGUACCCCAGAAGGUUGUGGGUGAUCAGCGCAGGGUUCGCCAGGCCAUUUCGAACGUCACCGCCAAUGCCAUCCAGAACACGACCGAGGGCGGUGUCAGCGUUGAGAUCUACGUCGCUUACGUCGAGGGGAGCCGUGUCAAUGUCGAAGUUGCCGUCAGCGAUAGCGGCGUUGGCAUGAACACGAAGAAACUUGACGCCCUUUUCCGGGACCUCGAGCAAGUGCAAAUGGAGACCACGGAGAUGCUCGAGGAGCAACUCGCGCCGAACGCAAAGCGUAUCGAAGACAAGGGAGAUAAAAAACGCACGUUGGGUCUUGGCCUUGCAGUGGUCUCGCGCAUCAUCCGCAACAUGAAUGGUCAGAUGCGAUUGAAGUCAGAAGAGGGCAAGGGUUCGCGCUUUGUCAUUCAGCUGCCUUUCAAUCUUCCAGACGACGGCUCAAGUCAAGAUGUUAUUGAUGCAUCCUCUUCCAAUAAGUCUCCAGGACAGGCAGAGGCUCAUCCCGAGGGCGAGGUCACUUUGGUCGGGGACGCCUCUAGAGAACACAUUAGCGCCCCAUCCCCAAGGAGAAGGAGCAGUACAAGCAUGAAGAGCAGAGAUAGCUUGAAGAGUCUGGGAAGCGGCUCUACGCACAGUGGGAAGAGCGAUGUUGACAGACUGAUUGAAGCUAUCCAGGAGCCACACGUAACCGACCGUAAGAUCGCACAAUCAAAGGAGCGCAGCCUGAGUGCUCCAUCCGGAAGACCGAUGAUAGAAAAGCGAGCAUCGUCCCAACCCGGCACUACAUCGGAGUCACCCGGUGGCUCGCAAGUUGCCCAGAGCGCAGACCUCAACUUAGAUGCGAUUCCGGAGUCGAAACGUUCUAUAUCCGUUCACCACGGCAAGGCGGAGAUUCCAGGGUCUGGAUAUCCCGUUAAGCCACUCAAAGUCCCGGAAGACGCAGGCCAACCUCCGGAAGAUAAAGAGAGCAUCAAAUCUGGUAUAAUUGGUGAAGUCAAAGACACGCCAGUCAUCGAGGAACCUCCGACUGCGGACCACAUGCGAGUCCUUGUCGCUGAAGAUGAUCCUGUCAAUAGCAAGAUCAUAAAAAAGCGACUGGAGAAGUUGGGCCAUGAGGUCCAAUUAACGGUCAAUGGAGAGGAAUGCGCAAGCAUCUAUGGCGAAGAUUCCGGGUACUUCGAUGUUGUCUUGAUGGACAUGCAGAUGCCGAUUGUUGAUGGUCUCACGUCCACGAAGAUGAUUCGCUCCUUUGAGAAGUCGCAUCCAACACACGUACAGUCCACCCGCGCCUCUUUGAAUGGCCGUAUCCCUAUCUUCGCCGUUUCCGCGUCUCUGGAAGAAAAGCAGCGACAGACUUAUAUUGAUGCUGGCUUCGACGGCUGGAUCCUCAAACCGAUCUCAUUUCCCCGCCUUAAAGAACUCCUGGCUGGCAUCGUGGACCACAAGAUACGCGUGGAGGCGUUGUACACCCCUGGUGAAUGGGAGAGGGGCGGUUGGUUUCACGAAGGGCAGCCGGAUGUCUUCGCCGCCAAUACACAGCCAACGGAACGCAUACCAUUUAGUGAUCCCUCAGAGGAUGCGAAGAUCGCCGCCGUGUCCGAAGAUCCCGACGCCGGCAAUGCCAACGGCAGCCUUCAGACCGAAGAGCAAGAACGCCUUCGGAGAAGUCAGGAAGAAGACUCUGAGCCUUCUGAAAAACCAACAAGCAAAUCGGCCCCGGAGCUGACUGGUGUUGACACUAAGCAAUUCGAGCCUGAGUGCGAAGAGUAAGCCUGCACCUGUCGCGGCAGGUGCUUCGAUGCCAUGGCUUUAAAUGAAAACACACAUUUCAUUGUUCUGUCAAGCGUUUACGUGGGAGUGUUUCUUUCAUCUUCAACAAAUACUGGAGGUAUGCAGGGGGCAUCCGGCGUCAGGCGCGCAUUAGUGCUCUUUCGGUUUCAAGUGUGCAUUAUAGAUCGGUUAUUUGUAGACGCACCGUACAGCGGCGGGCAUCGCCCUUACUGUGGCCCUU